GGGCUAUCGUUUCCCUAUAGUUUGUAGAAGGUAGAAGAUGUAGGCGUAAACACGUAAAGCUAAUUAAAGGGUUUGUGAAGCUACCGGUACCGUAGGUACUGUACCUACAACACAGUUUUCCUUCAAGUUCCAUAACUUUGGCUUUUAUAAUAGCCCCUCUGACGUCAUUGCAUUUUACUCAACCAGCCUCCCUACUUUGCUCCCGUUGCAGGAAUCAGACCAUCCUCCCUCCUCUGCUCCGCUCAGCCCCCGUCGGGGAGAACUGUUCCGAAGCGUCCGGACUGGAUCUAUCCGUGUGAGAACAUGCGGACAGCGAGGCUCCACCUGGCCGCGGUGCUGGCUCUGUUUGCCGCAGUGUCCGGAGCUCAGGCCGAGGUAAUCGAUGACAUCCUGGGAAGCCUCUCCAGGGGAGCAUCUUUCCUGGAGCAGCAGCAUGAGCACAUCAACCUGGACGGGGUGGUCGGAUUCCUCAUGAUGCAGGCUGAACUUAAGGAAGCGGUCCGAACAUGGCCUCACACAGACCCGGUCAGCUGGGCUCAGAGAACCUCCGCCGUCACGUUGGUCAGACGUCUCGACCAAAGCUUCAACAAGGCUGUUACUGCCCUGCAGCAAAAUGACCCCAAAUACUACAGGGAGUUUGAGCCUCUGCUUUCCUGGAGCUUUUGGUUGAUUCCUCAGGAGUGGAGCUCCACAGAUCCCAGUCUGGUUUAUUCCUCCACCAUGACCACAGAGUGUUACGACGAGCAGCUCAGUGACAAAUGUCUAACCCUGCUACUGGGAACCUGGAAAAUGAACGGGACGCCAUGUAUUGUGACCAAGCCCUGUCGAGACACUAUGACUCGUUUUGGUUGUCCACACUACUCUCUGUCCCACCAGCUUCUGUACUUCAUGAUUGGAAAAAUGAGAGGCUGCACCAACCUGCUCAAAGGUGACACACGAGCUUCCAGAGCCAACAUGACUGAACAAAACUACCAGAGAAUCUUCUGCUCCAACAUGAUGAAGACCAACCAGGACAUCAUCAAAGACGGCCUAACUGAUCAGACAGUCGAUAUCUUCAUUGAAAACAUCCUGAUUUGUGGCUUGACUGGUUUCUCUGACUUCUACAAAGCUGAUUGGCUGCAGCACAUCCUAAGGCUGCAGGAUGAAGAAGCUGGCUGCUUUGGGAGAGACAGGAGCAUCGUCUCUCAGAUCAUUGGAGAUGAACUGCUGGAACAGCUGCAGCCUCACAGAAGAGUGAAGAGGAGGGAAAAGAUACUUUCAGAUGGUUGUUCCAGUCACAUGACAGCAGUGGCUGUUGGUGCGCUGGGAGGAUACCUGAAUUACUACCUGACAGAACAAGACAUAACCAAGAGGCCACUAUCCUGAAGUCUGCUGUUCCUUCUGCUCCUCUGCAGCCAGCUGCAAAAGUUAGGGAUUCAUUCAAAACAUACAGAUGUUCUUCAUGGCUGGAGACACAAUAUGUUGCUUUAUGAAUGUGGUCUUAAGAUUAUCAAAAUGAUAAUAUAAAAUGAAACUGGGCUAUUGAUCAUCUUGGAUUUUAGGCGACUAUCACAAUGUUUUAUUUUGUGUUGGAAAUACUAAAUUAGACGCCCUUUGGAAGCAGUGAUGCUCAUAUGUAUAGAAGUAAUCAGUUUCAUAAUUAUUAUUUAUUUGUUCUAGCAAUAAAGGAACGAUCUGAUCUUCA